AUGAGAGAGGUCAUUAGUAUUAAUGUUGGUCAAGCAGGUUGUCAAAUAGGUAAUGCAUGCUGGGAAUUGUACUCCCUAGAGCAUGGCAUCAAGGAAGACGGCCAUUUGGAGGAUGGCUUGUCAAAACCUAAGGGAGGUGAAGAAGGAUUUUCUACAUUCUUCCAUGAAACGGGGUACGGAAAAUUCGUCCCAAGAGCAAUCUACGUGGAUUUAGAGCCCAAUGUUAUCGAUGAAGUACGUACAGGACGUUUCAAGGAGCUUUUCCAUCCAGAACAAUUGAUUAACGGUAAGGAAGAUGCCGCCAAUAACUACGCAAGAGGCCAUUAUACAGUGGGUAGAGAAAUAGUGGAUGAAGUUGAAGAAAGAAUUAGAAAGAUGGCCGACCAAUGUGACGGUUUACAAGGGUUCUUGUUCACCCACUCCCUCGGUGGUGGAACUGGUUCCGGUUUAGGUUCCCUGUUAUUAGAAAACUUAUCGUAUGAAUACGGGAAGAAAUCCAAAUUGGAAUUCGCCGUUUAUCCUGCGCCUCAAUUGUCUACUUCCGUCGUGGAACCUUACAACACGGUUUUAACCACGCAUACCACCCUGGAACACGCAGACUGUACGUUUAUGGUCGAUAACGAAGCCAUUUACGAUAUAUGCAAGAGGAACUUGGGAAUUUCUAGACCAAGCUUCAGCAACUUGAACGGGUUGAUUGCCCAAGUGAUAUCAUCUGUUACAGCCUCUUUGAGGUUCGAUGGUUCAUUAAACGUGGAUUUGAACGAAUUUCAGACCAACUUGGUACCAUAUCCAAGAAUUCAUUUCCCUUUGGUUUCCUACGCACCCAUCUUGUCCAAGAAGAGGGCCACCCAUGAAUCCAACUCCGUGUCAGAAAUCACAAACGCUUGUUUCGAACCGGGCAAUCAAAUGGUUAAGUGUGACCCAACAAAGGGGAAGUACAUGGCUAACUGUUUGUUAUACAGAGGUGACGUGGUGACCAGAGAUGUCCAAAGAGCCGUCGAACAGGUGAAGAAUAAAAAAACAGUACAAAUGGUGGAUUGGUGUCCAACAGGAUUUAAGAUUGGUAUUUGUUAUGAGCCACCAAGUGUGAUACCAAGUUCCGAAUUAGCCAAUGUGGAUAGAGCUGUCUGCAUGCUAUCCAACACCACUGCCAUCGCGGACGCUUGGAAGAGAAUCGAUCAGAAAUUCGACCUGAUGUAUGCCAAACGUGCUUUCGUCCAUUGGUAUGUCGGUGAAGGUAUGGAAGAAGGUGAGUUCACCGAAGCUAGAGAAGAUUUAGCUGCCUUAGAAAGAGAUUAUAUUGAAGUGGGUGCCGAUUCUUACGCUGAGGAGUUCUAA